AUGAGCCAAGAUUAUUUCUCGAAGAAGGGCAAGGCCCCUAUGGACCAAGAGGUCGACAGAGACGAUUCCGACAGCACGCCGCAGCAUCCGUCAUCCGGCAGACAUCACUACAUGACUGUAGGCUCUGGCUCCACUUCUGUCCACGCCGCCCAACUCCAAAACCUCCUCGACAACGAUUCCGGCUAUGGAGGCAGCAUCGCUAAUGGCGAGGCUCUGUCCGCCGCGGACCGUCAUAUCCCAACUGCCGCCAAUGGUCACCUUUCUGAAGCUGACCGCCGUUCUCAGGCCGGUGCCAUUCACCAGCUGUGGUAUAACGCCCACCGGGUGACACUCGGCCGCUCGAUCAAUAAGGUUAUCGAGCUGUUGAAGGAGCUGCAGGAGAUGAACGUCUCAUGGCCCGCACAUUACCCCUCCGUCACCCGGGCGGAGAAGUCUUCUCGGCCGGCCAUGGGCCACGCAUUCUCGACUGCCGGCGACGUCCAUGGAUCUGCUUCCUCGGUUCCCACCUCUCCGAGGUCGCCUCCCUCAAUUCGACGAUCUCUGACCUCGGUCGAAAGCGCUGAAUCGAGCCGGGCACAGGACACGCGGCCCGCGGAGGAACCCCGCCUCGUUACACCGCAGAUCGCCCAAGAUUUCUCGGUUUUGAAGCUGGAUCUGAAGUUGGGGUCUCUUCACCAAGCGGAGCUCGUGCAUUCUCUGGAGAAGGGCUCCAUUGCCUCGCUCUUGGACGGCAAGAUCAGCUCGAGCAUUCGACACCUCCUCAACCUACGCGAACGAAUCGAAGAUACGUCAAGUAAGGUCCUGGUCACGGGAGAUCUCAACGCUGGAAAGUCAACAUUUUGCAACGCACUUCUGCGGAGGAAGAUUUUGCCCGAGGACCAGCAGCCGUGCACAGCCAUCUUUUGCGAGGUAUUGGACGCUAGGGAGAACGGCGGUCUCGAGGAGGUUCAUGCUGUCCAUAAGGAUGCGACGUACGAUCGACACGACGAGAGCUCAUACGACGUCUACAAAUUGUCACAGUUGGAGGACAUUGUCAUCGAGAACGACAAGUACACUCAGUGCAAGGUCUACGUCAAGGAUGCGCGGACUAUUGACGAGUCGCUGCUCAACAACGGCGUGGUGGAUAUUGCGCUGAUCGAUGCUCCUGGACUGAACUCGGACACAACCAAGACAACCGCUGUUUUUGCCCGGCAGGAGGAGAUUGACGUCGUCGUGUUCGUGGUUUCUGCAGCAAACCACUUCACGAUGACUGCCAAGGAGUUCAUCUGGGCCGCCGCCGCAGAGAAGGCGUAUCUCUUCAUUGUGGUGAAUGGCUACGACAAUAUCAGAGACAAGAAUAGGUGCCAGAAGAUGAUUCUGGACCAGGUCCACGGACUCAGCCCGAGGACGCACAAGGAGUCUUCGGAACUGGUUCACUUUGUGUCCAGUAACGCUGUGCCUACAGCUGGUCCCUCCGGGAGUGGAGGCGGGGGCGGAGGCGGUGAUGACCCCGGCGACGACCCCAAGGGUAAGGGCAAGGAUCUUGACAAGAUCCGCGACUUUGAGAAUUUGGAACAGUCGCUUCGCAGAUUCGUUCUGGAGAAGCGUGCCAGGUCGAAGCUGGCACCUGCGAAGACGUACUUGCUGAACAUUCUGAACGAUGUCAACGUUUUGGCGAACGUCAACACGGAGGUCGCCCAGUCUGAGCUGGACCGUGUUACCAACGAACUCAGAGAGCUCGAGCCUCAGCUGGAGUCCAGCAGGAAGGCAAAGGCCCAGGUUGGCGACCAGAUUGAGAAAAUCACCGAGGACACAUGCAAGGCCGUCUACGACUACACGAGGUUGACGCUCAACUCUGCUAUUGAACAUUCUGGGGACAACAACCACGGUGUUCCGUAUCGGGGCCUGUUCAGCGCCUUCGACUAUGCCGAAGAACUGAAGGAUGCCAUGAUGUCCUACAUCCAGGAGGCCGUCGCCCACUGCGAGGAGCACGCCAAAGCCAAGACUGUCGGCGGCGUCAAUGCCAUCAAGCAGCUUGGUAUCAUGCACCUGGGCGAUGACUACCAAAACCUGGUUUUCCGCCCCGACGUCAUGUUCAAGCGGAAGAGAGACUCCAUGGCGCGCCAGGUCGAUGUACCGACGGAGCUAUUGGACUUUGUCGACUGGAACACCAUCAUUCAGAAGCAGGAGAAGGUCGCAGGUACCGGCAUGGCCCUCACCAUUGCAGGAGCGUUGGUUCCUCGCAUGAUUGGCGGCAACGGAUGGUUGGACCACGCCUUGAGUGCGGCGAAGAUCCUCGGCAACGACAACUUGCGAAAGCUCAUCAUCCCGGGCAUCAUCGCAGCUGCCUUCGCCGCCGCGUACUACAUCCUCAACCAAAUUCCCAACUCCCUGCCCCAUCGUCUUGCGACCAAGAUCGCUGCUCAGCUGGAGGCCGUGGACUACGUCCACAGCAACUCCAACCGUAUUUCGUCCUCGGUCCGCAAGGUCUUGCGCUACCCCGCCGACAACCUCCGCGUCGGUCUCGAGCAGUCCGUCAAGGAUCUCGGGCAGCGCCGCGAGGAGACUCUGAAGGUGCGACAGGAGAGCGAGGUUGCGCUCAAGUACUUUGGCAACCUCUACCGCAACAGCGGGCAGCAGAGAGCAGUGGUGCAGGGCGUCGACCUCGACGCUCCUCCCCCGGGCGCUGCUGCGGCUGGCCUUCACUGA